AUGUGUUCAGUGUGUGCAGAGGAGGGAGAGGAGCAGGUCAAAGAGGGAGAGGAGCAGGCCAAAGAGGGAGAGGAGCAGGUCAAAGAGGGAGAGGAGCAGGCCAAAGAGGGAGAGGAGCAGGCCACUGAGGGAGAGGAGCAGGUCAAAGAGGGAGAGAAGCAGGCCACUGAGGGAGAGGAGCAGAUCAAAGAGGGAGAGGAGCAGGCCAAAGAGGGAGAGGAGCAGGUCAAAGAGGGAGAGGAGCAGGUCAAGGAGGGAGAGGAGCAGCAUCCUCCCCGACAGGGCAAGCUAGUGUUUCAGCACCAGUGA